AGAGCUUCCAAGAUCGUGUAGUUCUGCAUGCAACCCAUCGAUUCUUAUUUCAAGUUCCACCCCCAACAAUCCAUUAAACAUCCGACAGCAGCCCAUCACCAAACGCUACCUUCUUGUCCAUUUGAAAAUCCCUCUCUUCUCCAUCCCUCUCGUUAUUAGUACUCUCCCCCGCAAGAACAGGAGACGCACCGCAAAUCAACGUCAGAGAGAGAGAGAGAGAGAGAGAGAGAGAGAUGGUGAACUUCGUGGCGAUCCAGAAACCACUCUUGCAUGGCCUCAUGAAGAGGGCCGGGAUCCGCCCCUACGCGGUGGAGAUCGAGCCCGGCACCGUCAUGAACUUCUGGGUGCCACGGGAGACCGUCAAGAAGCCCGACAAGAAGGCCAAGGGCAAGGAUGAAACCCUUCUUGUCAACCCCACGAAGCCCGCUGUCGUCCUCAUCCAUGGCUUCGCCGCCGAGGGCAUCGUGACCUGGCAGUUUCAGGUCGGCGCGUUGACGAAGAAGUACGCCGUUUACAUCCCCGACCUCAUAUUCUUCGGUGAGUCGGUCAGUGACACGAGUGACCGGUCACCGGCAUUCCAGGCCAAGUGUGUCGUGAAGGGGCUGAGGAAGCUCGGCGUCGAGAUGUGCACGGUGGUUGGGUUUAGCUAUGGCGGGAUGGUGGCGUUCAAGAUGGCAGAGAUGUACCCGGAGAUGGUCCGAGCCAUGGUGAUAUCGGGGUCGAUACUAGCCAUGACGGAUUCGAUCAGCGAAGAGUCACUACAAAGGCUUGGGUUCUCUUCUUCAUCAGAGCUCCUGUUGCCGACGUCGGUGAAGGGCCUAAAGGCACUUCAGUCAGUCGCCAUGCACCGGAAGAUUUGGUUCCCUGACCGGUUUCACAAGGACUACCUUGAGGUGAUGUUCACAAACAGGAAGGAGAGAUCUGAGCUGUUGGAGGCUCUUGUCAUCAGCAACAAGGAUGCCUCCAUUCCUAACUACACCCAGAGGAUACAUCUCCUCUGGGGUGAACAAGAUCAGAUCUUUAAAAUGGAGCUGGCUGAGAACAUGAAAGAACAGCUAGGAGAGAAAGCAACGGUGGAGGGCAUCGAGAAGGCAGGACACUUGACUCACCUUGAGAGGCCCUGCGUGUACAACCGGUGCUUGAAGCGGUUCCUUGCUUCGGUCCAUCAAACUGAAGCUGACAAAUGAGUUCGACUCUGCUUUUGUGCUUUCGUUGUUUUUCUGCUCUCUAGCCUCAUUCCAAUGUUUGAGAUCUGAGUGAGUGUACUUUUCCUUGAACAAGAUAAAUGAAAUGGAAGAGAAGAGGCAUGCGAAUAUGUUUCUUUUUCUCGGA